UCCUGUAUGAACUAUCCUGCCCAUACUCCACAAAACACCAGCAUCCAUACCACCGGUGCAGUCUUCACCAUCCCUGCUCCAUAGAACUCCACCAUCCACACUAGAACCAGUGCAGCCUCUGGGAUUUGGCAUAUCUUUCUCAUCCAUACUCCAUAGAAAUCAGUCACCAUGGCCGCGCCUCCCUUGCAAUCCCGUUCCCGGCUGCUGCUGCUGGCAGCUAUCACAAGCAUCCUUGCCGCCGCGACUGAUCUCUUGGACCUGGCUGCUGCUCAACCGCCCAUCGCGCUUCCGCAUUGCCGCGACAAGUGUGGCAACACCAGCAUCCCCUUCCCGUUCGGCAUUGGGCGGGGCUGCUUCCUCAGUGACCCAUUCGAGAUCAACUGCGACGACUCCACCACUCCACCUCGCGCCUUCCUUAGCAGUGACUCAUACCAGACAAUGGUCGAGUCCAGCUAUUCCAAUUCCGGCGCUCCUUUUCAGUUCAACGAGACGGCGAUAUCGCAUUUUCCAGUCGAGCUCAUUGACAUAUCAGUCGCCAAGAAUGAGGUACGGGCAUACGCCGCGGUUUCAUCCUACUGCAUCAAAUCCCCUACGGAGCAGGUAUUCAAGGUUCAUCACACUGUUGUGGGGCCUAACAAGUUCAUAUAUCCGCUCGCCCUGUCCAAGCGCAACUCUCUGAUCGGUGUCGGCAUGAAUGUCAAAGCCAUGUUGGUGAGUGAGUCGGCACUCACGUCGCCAGACCCGGAUUUACAGGUGGUAUCACCAUCCUGCUCAUCCGUUGCCGAAAUUGGUGGUUUCUACUCGCCCACAAAUGGGUCGUGCGCGGGUUAAGGCUGCUGUCAGGUCCUCUUCGCGGCGAAGGAGGAUACCCUCGGCGACUUUCGGGUGUCGCUCAAUCCCGCGUACAAUGGUACACAACUGGGUUGGGAAGAAGCCCCGUGCUCGUACGGAA